ACCCUUUUCCCGGGAUAUCUGGCCAAGAAAUAAGUAAAUAAAUCGAUGGCUCGUACACGAUCGAGGCCAAAUUGUGAGAAUUGCAGGGGACUAGUUGCCGUGGCGGAGGUGGCCGGCGCCUAAGCGCAGGGCUCUGGCUGUGCGCGAGUGUGUGUGCGCGCUGGAGAGCGAGCGUCGGCGAGUACCCAGCGAGUUAAAGGGAAGAGCAGUUGCCGGAGAGUCGGUGGAGCAGACGGUGGAUUACGGACAGAGCUCGAAACCAGCGCAGUUUGGAUCUGGGUUAAUAAGAUCGUCAAGGGUUCGAAUUGUUCCUCAACCUCCCUUUCCUUCCCCCCCCCCUUCAAUAUCCUCCUCCUCCUCUCGCCACCGACACCCCCCGAUCCUGGGAACCGGACCCACCAUGAUGACCCAGCCGCGGCCCGACGAGUUCAUUCCGCCCCCGGAGUGCCCGGUCUUCGAGCCCAGUUGGGAGGAGUUCGCCGACCCGUUCGCCUUCAUCAACAAGAUCCGGCCUAUCGCCGAGAAAACGGGCAUCUGCAAAGUCCGCCCGCCGUCGGACUGGCAGCCUCCGUUCGCAUGUGAUGUUGAUAAGCUUCAUUUCACCCCUCGGAUCCAGAGGCUCAAUGAACUAGAGGCCCAGACCAGAGUAAAGCUCAAUUUCCUUGAUCAGAUUGCAAAAUUCUGGGAGCUCCAGGGGUGCACAUUAAAAAUUCCACAUGUAGAAAGGAAGAUUUUGGAUUUAUACCAACUGAACAAGCUGGUGGCUGAUGAAGGGGGCUUUGAUGCUGUGUGUAAAGAGAGAAGAUGGACCAAGAUAGCACUGAGGAUGGGUUUCGCCCCUGGCAAGGCUGUGGGCUCUCAUUUGCGUGCCCACUACGAGCGAAUUCUCUACCCUUACAACCUGUUCCAGGCUGGAGCCAACCUUCUGUGUGUACAGAAGCCAACGCUGAUGAACGACACGAAGGACAGAGAGUACAAGCCCCAUGACCUGGCCCAGAGGCAGUCUUUCCAGUCUGUGGAGUCCUGCACCCCCGCCCGCAGGGCCAAGCGGAUGAGAGCUGAGGGAAACUGUGUGAAGACUGAGCCUGGAGAAACUGGUGACAGCAGACCCAACCUGAGAAGGAGGAUGGGUUCUGUUGUUGUGAAGAAUGAGCCAGAGAAAGAGAUUCCUGUGAUGGUGAAACAGGAGCCCAUUGAAAAGGAGCUGAUAACUGAGCCAGAAAAAGCAAAGCUGCGGAAUAAAAAAUAUCUCCCAGCAGUGAGUAUAGUGGACCUGUAUGUCUGUCUGGUUUGCGGCAGUGGAAAUGACGAAGACCGUCUCUUGCUCUGCGAUGGCUGUGAUGACAGCUACCACACUUUCUGUCUGAUCCCACCCCUCCACGAUGUUCCCAAGGGAGACUGGAGGUGUCCCAAGUGCCUGGCUCAGGAGUGCAGCAAGCCCCAAGAAGCAUUUGGGUUUGAGCAGGCAUACAGAGACUACACCCUGCGUGCCUUUGGAGAGAUGGCCGACUCGUUCAAGUCGGAUUACUUCAACAUGCCAGUUCAUAUGGUGCCAACCGAACUGGUGGAGAAGGAGUUCUGGCGUUUGGUGAGCACCAUUGAAGAGGAUGUCACUGUGGAAUACGGAGCAGAUAUCGCAUCCAAGGAAUUUGGCAGUGGUUUCCCUAUCAAGGAUGGCCGGUUCAAAGUUGCCCCUGAAGAUGAGGAUUACCUCAGCUGUGGCUGGAACCUGAACAACAUGCCAGUGAUGAAUCCCUCUGUCCUUACUCAUGUCACUGCUGACAUCUGUGGGAUGAAAUUACCCUGGCUGUAUGUGGGGAUGUGCUUUUCUUCCUUCUGCUGGCACAUUGAGGACCACUGGAGCUACUCCAUUAACUACCUGCACUGGGGUGAGCCAAAAACCUGGUAUGGAGCUCCAGGGUAUGCAGCUGAACAGCUGGAGGAUGUGAUGAAGAAGCUCGCCCCAGAGCUCUUUGAGUCCCAGCCCGACCUGCUGCAUCAGCUCGUCACCAUCAUGAACCCCAACACACUCAUGGCCCAUGGAGUGCCAAUUUAUAGAACCAAUCAGUGUGCAGGCGAGUUCGUGAUCACCUUUCCUAGAGCCUACCAUAGUGGGUUCAAUCAGGGCUUUAACUUCGCAGAGGCUGUCAAUUUCUGUACUGUGGACUGGGUGCCGCUGGGCCGGCAGUGUGUGGACCAUUACCGUCUCCUCCACCGGUACUGCGUCUUCUCCCAUGAUGAGCUGAUCUGCAAAAUAGCCUCCAAAGCCGAUGCCCUUGAUGUGGUCUUGGCCUCUGCCGUUCAGAAGGACAUGGCUGUCAUGAUAAAAGCGGAGCGGGCGAUGCGCGAGGAAGUCAGGAAUAUGGGGGUGGUUAAGUCGGAGAGGGAGGAAUAUGAUCUCCUCCCAGACGACGAACGACAGUGUGCCAUAUGUAGGACCACCUGCUUCCUGUCUGCUGUCACCUGCCCCUGCAGCCCUGGAAGCCUUGUGUGUCUCUACCACUUUAAGGACCUCUGCUGCUGCCCUGUGCAGAACUACACACUGAAGUAUCGAUAUACACUGGAUGACUUGUAUCCAAUGAUGAAUGCCAUAAAGCUGCGUGCAGAAUCCUACGAUGAUUGGGCCUGUCAUGUGACCGAGUUACUAGAAGCUAAAAUGGACAAGAAGAGAAGUCUAGAUGAGUUUCGUUCCUUGAUAGAGGAAUCUGAGAUGAAGAGGUUUCCAGACAACGAUCUCCUGCGCCACCUGCGUCUGGUGACUCAGGAUGCAGAGAAGUGUGCCUCUGUGGCACAGCAGCUGCUAAAUGGAAAAAGGCAAACCAGGUAUCGCUCCUGCAGAGGGAAAUCUCAGAACCAGCUCACAGUGGAGGAGCUGCAGGCCUUCGUCAGGCAACUCUACACCCUGCCCUGCACGAUCAGCCAGGCCCCCUUGCUGAAGGACCUCCUCAGUCGGGUGGAGGACUUCCAGCAGCACAGUGAGAAGGUACUGAACGAGGAUACACCCAAAGCCUCGGAGAUCCAGCGCCUCCUGGACGUCAGCUUUGAUUUUGAUGUGGAGCUGCCCGAGUUGCCGCUACUGCGGGAGAGACUGGAACAGGCGCGCUGGUUGGAGGGGGUGCAGGAGGCCUCCGCCGAGCCCUCCAGCCUGACUCUGGACACCAUGCGGAGGCUCAUCGACCAGGGUGUGGGCCUGAGCCCCCACCCCUCGGUGGAGAAGGCCAUGGCGCGUCUGCAGGAGCUGCUCACUGUCUCCGAGCACUGGGAGGACAAGGCCCACAGCCUGAUCAAGGCCAGGCCCCAUCACAGCCUGGAGACCCUGGCAGCAGCUGUUCAGGAGUCAGAAGGCAUUCCUGCUUAUCUGCCCAACUGCCUGAUGCUCAAAGACUCCGUGCACAAGGCAAGAGAGUGGCUUCAGGAGGUGGAGGCACUGCAGCUUGGCGGCCGUGUUCCUGUGUUAGACACCCUUUCUGAAAUGGUGUUGCGGGGUCGAGCCAUUCCAGUCCAGCUGGACUCCCUUGUACGCCUGGAGUCUCUGGUCUCCGAGGUUCAGGCUUGGAAGGAGUGUGCAGCGAAAACCUUCCUAAUGAAGAAUUCCCCCUACUCUCUCUUGGAGGUGCUGUGCCCCAGGUGUGAGGUCGGGACUGGGGCUCAGAAGAGAAAGACAAAGAAGGCAAAGGAGGCGGCUCAAUGUGGAAAGAAGCGGUGUGUGAGGUUGGACUGUCUGAGUGAUGUGGAGAGAGCCCUGUCGGAGAGCAAGGACUCGGCCUCUGCUAUGGCAACACUGGCUGAGGUUCGAUUAAAGGAGAUGGAAGCACUCGGUGCCCUCAGAGCUGCCAAUGAGUCCAAACUGCUGCCCACGGCAGACUGUGCUGACCUCAAGGUGUGCGUGUGUCUGAAGCCCCCCGCGGGCGCAAUGUUACAGUGCGAGCUCUGCAGGGACGCCUUCCACAGCAUCUGCGUGCCGGGGCCCGUCCAUCCACAGGCCGCCCAGGCCUGGCUGUGUCCGCUUUGCCAGCGCUCGGAGAAGCCCCCGCUUGAGAAAAUCCUGCCCCUGCUGGCCUCCCUGCAGCGCAUCCGAGUACGGCUGCCCGAGGGGGACGCCCUACGUUACAUGAUCGAACGGACUGUGAACUGGCAGCACAGGGCCCAGCAGGUCUUCUCCUCACACAGCCUCCCCCCUCUGCGGGGAGGGGGGGCCUCGCCCACACAGCACCACUGGCCAGGGACAGCACUCCACACCGCCGAGGCCAGUGGAAAGCCGGCACAUUGCCCUGGCCCAGCCACAUUUGCAUCGACUCAGGAGUGGAACAGGGCAGGCCAGCCUCAGACGGCCUUUUAUACGGAACAGCGAUGCAUUCCUAUUCAGGAUCUGAGUCCUGAGCUGGAGGAGUUGAUGGUAGAAGGCCUCCUGCUGCAGGUGUCUUUGCCAGAAAUCCAGCAGCUCUAUCAGAUCUUGCUGAAUGGACUGACCAGGCAGCAGACCUCACCAGCAGGGCCCAACUGUGAAAGAACUGGAGCCAAGCAGCACAACUCUCAGGGACGAAGCCCACCACAAAAUGAGGACGGAAGCUGCAGUCUUAAGAAGGAAGCUGUGAAUGGGGCGGAGAAGAAGCAGAAGCGGCGUCUGGAGAAGGAUGGGUUGAGUGGCGAGAGGAGGGACAGAGUGAAGAAGCCCCAGAAGAAGAAGCCCAAACUGAACAAGGAGAAACCCCGGGACGGCAAAGCAGCCUCCGCCUCUCCCUCCACACACUCGGACCUCUCCCACUCGGAUGACUCGGAGGAGGAUAUGGCCUUGUGUCCGGCAGAGAAGUGCCAGCAGCCCGAGGGAGAGGAGGUGGACUGGGUCCAGUGUGACGGCAGCUGUAACCAGUGGUUCCACCAGAUCUGCGUGGGCGUCUCCUCGGAGCUGGCCGAGAAGGAGGACUAUAUUUGUGUCCGCUGUACUGUAAAAGAUGGCCAGAUAAGGAAAUAAGGAGCACAGAGGUCUGGUGGGGGACUAGAAGACCUACCAGUUUGUUUUGUAAGCCACAGGGCUGGGUGUGUAACUGACCCCCCCCCAUCCUUCCCCCUUUUCUCUCCUUCCCCUUUGUUAAAAAAAAUCAACAAGAAAACCACGGUGCUACUUCCCUCCUCAUGGGACUGUUUUCCAGGACUUUCAGACUCUUUGGUCACUUUUGUAUUUUUUGAUUUCUUCCUCCUAUGAACUCUUUGUGGUUGUCUAAAGUCGCAGGAUGCCGAAGUGUGCUGCAGGGGUUUCCAUCCCAUUGGCUCGAGAGAGAGAGAGAGAUCAGUGAAGCACCUUGUGAAGAGCAGCGUUCUUUCUCAUACCUCUGGGAUUGUCCUGCAUGCUGAACCAGAGAAUACUGGGUGCAGGGAAUCUUUCACCAAAUAUUAAAAAAAAAAAGUACAAGAGAAACUUAUUUUUUUUGGAAACCCACUGCUUAGUACUAGCAUCUGGAUAAUAUGAAAUAGUUUUCUUUUUUGUAGUUUAGGUUUAUUUAUCUGAGCAAUAACUGGUCUAUGUCUGAGUUCAGUGGCUUGAAAUCUCUUCUGAACAGUGUGUUGGUGCUUUAGCAUUGGUUGAUGUACAGAACGCUCACCGUUAGACUGUAGGGACGCACAGAUGGACUAGUGAUGUAGCAGACAGGAAGAACUUUGUAAAGUAAAACUGCCACAGCUGUACUUUGGCUCUUUUUUGGGGGUAGCUUGUUUCAAAUGUUGCAGUUUAUAUUGUGGAAUAAAACCCUUUGUUCUGUUA